UCAAACUUUUCAAGUCUUUAAGAGGAAAAAAAGGCCCACCUAAGCGUUACCAAACUAAUUUGGACAUUCUCUGUUAUAUAUAAACCUCUUUGUAGUGUCCAACCAACCAGAAAAACAGAACAUGUCCAAAACUUCUUUCACUUGCUAACUUGCUACUUACCAAAUUCUUCUUCAAAUGGACUGGACAAGAGGCGCCACCAUCGGCCACGGCUCCUCUGCUGCCGUCUCGAUUGCCAUGUCACGCUGCUCUGGCGAGAUUUUUGCUGUCAAAUCCGUGGAGUUGUCACAGUCAGAGUUUUUGCAAAAGGAGCAGAAAAUUUUGUCCACUUUGAGCUCCCCUUAUAUAGUGUGCUACAAGGGGUACGAUGUAACCAGAGAGAACAACAAGGACAUGUUCAAUCUUAUGAUGGAGUACAUGCCCGACGGAACGCUCACCGAUGAAAUACAGGGAGGCCCGUUGAAUGAGCAGUUGAUCGGAUAUUACACGAAGCAAAUUAUUCAUGGAUUAAACUAUCUACAUUCGAAAGGGAUCGUGCAUUGUGACAUUAAGGGACACAACAUUCUGUUAUAUAAAACCGGUGCAAAAAUUGCAGAUUUUGGUUGUGCUAGGUCAGUCGAUCAGGCUAAGUGGAACGGGGGCACGCCUAUGUUCAUGGCACCAGAAGUAGCACGCGGAGAAGAACAAUGGUUUGCAGCUGAUAUAUGGGCAUUAGGAUGCACUAUUAUUGAAAUGGCCACUGGUGCCUCACCCUGGACUACUGUUAACCACAGUCCUGCUUCUUUGCUUUGCCAUAUUGCAUUUUCUGGCCAAAUCCCAGAAAUUCCAAAGUUUCUCUCUUCACAAGCAAGGGAUUUUUUAAGUGAAUGCUUGAGAAGGGAUCCAAAACAGAGAUGGUCUGCUAAACAGCUCCUCAACCAUCCGUUUCUUGAGCAAUCAGAUUCAAACAGCAAGAUAAAUGAAGAUUUCAUCACAAGUUCCCCAACAAGCAUUCUUGAUCAACGCAUUUGGAAUUCAGUGGAGGAAUCAGAAACUGUCGAAGAUUCAAGGCAAACAAUUAGCUCAAUGGAUUCUCCUCUGCAAAGGGUAACAAAAUUGUGUAUGGAAUCCGGAAAACUAGAGUGGAGAUGGGAUGAGAGUUGGAGCACAGUCAGAAAUUGCAGUGAAGAUAAAGAAGAGAUGAUGUCAAUUUAGUUAGUGAGAUGUUAGAAAUAAAUUGCAUAGAUAGCCUUUUUUGUUGUAGUGCUUCUAGGAUACAACAUAGAGCUGUAAUUAGCAGUCUCAAUUUUGACAGA